UUUGAUCCUGGGCGUUUGGGUGUAAUCCAAAUCCUCCUUGUCGCUAAUCUCAUAUCGUUCAGAGGCUGAGGUUUUCGAAUCCUGCUUCGUCUAUUGCUUCCCUCCGUUCCUGUGUGCUCCGAGAAAAAGAGGACUCAGCCCGUUGCUCCGUUUUUGGCUGAUUAUUAUUCCGUACUUUUUUAUCCGACGCUGUGUCUGUUCUGGUUAGGCCUGGGGCACCAACAACCAAUGCUCUGAGCCCCUGACUCUGUUCGUGGUUGUUAUCUAGGUAAGUCCGCUAUAUCGCUGAAUCGUUCGGUAUCUGCCCUUCGAAGCCGCCUCUCUCCUCUAUUACGAGACAAGUUUUAAACAUCCCAGCGAGAAGGGACGCUGCUAACGCGACGCCUUCACAGUCAGCGACACAGACAACGUAACCAACGACUGUUCGUACUUAUUACGACAACCCCCACUAUAUUAUUUUUUCCGACAGACUGGGUAGCCAAAGUUCCUAUUGCUGCGACUUUCAUCGCGUAACGAUUUUGAAACCUUCACGACUUUAUCUCAUACUCGACUGUUUUCGAUAUAUUCUCCAUGACUGCCGUGGCAUCUCCCCCUAGUGUACAAUCAGGGCGUUUGGGAUGGUACAAUUCUAGCGACGGUGGACAAGGAGGUCUGUCUUCGGUGAAAACAGACGAAGUAUCACGCAUGUUUAUGCCACGGAAGAGCCUCCAGAGAUCGAAUUCUUCCUCUUCGUUAGGAUCAAACUCGUCCGCUUCAACAGUGUCAAUCAGUUCUCAGAGCACUAAUGCAGGGCAAAAUACCAAUUCAGAACUAGGGGCCUGGCCGUCGUCGAAGAAGAAGCCCAGCAGGAGUAUCUGGCCCAGCGCCAAAUCUGAACCGGUUUCUGGAGUGACGAACGCACGGUCACAGGCAGCACCGGUCUUAUCCACUGGGCCCACAGCUUCCUCUACUAUGUCGGCAAUUCACCAGCCCUCGCAUGUGCUCCCAUCACAGCAUAUCCUUCAAGCUUCUCCACAGAAUGGGGCGCGCCAAGUCAACGGAUCGUCUGGCGACCCGCCCGCUAUUUUGACUCUCAUACCUUUGAAUGGCACCUUUGAAAAGAAGCAUAUCACGGUUCCCUAUUACCCCGAGGUGUUACGGAUCGGCCGACAGACAAAUGCAAAAACUGUACCAACACCAGUGAACGGCUAUUUUGACUCCAAGGUUUUGUCUCGGCAACAUGCAGAAGUCUGGGCCGACAGGAAUGGUAAAAUUUGGAUCAGAGAUGUGAAGUCAUCAAACGGAACCUUCGUUAAUGCUAUUCGCUUGUCUCCUGAUAGCCGUGAAUCUGAUCCUCACGAGCUUCACGAAAACGACAUCCUAGAGUUGGGAAUCGAUAUUGUUAGCGAAGAUCAGAAGACUAUCGUCCAUCAGAAAGUUUCAGCUAAAGUUGAACAUGCUGGGAUCUAUGGAGCCGGCUUGAAUAUCCUCGAUCUCAACUUUGGUGACCUUGACCCUGCCUCCGGUAAUGGUCUUCUCUCAUCACCUCUUAACCAGCCAGUAUCGCACUUUCGUGGUCGAUCGGGCAGUACGGCUAGCAAUCGUAGUACCCAAAGCGUGGCCAGUAGCCAAAUGAGCGCUUUACAGCAGCAACGUCAGGCGAAUUACUGGAAUUCUCCGAUUACGAUUGAGCACGUCGUUAAGAGGCUAACGAAUGAAAUGAAGCAAGCUAGACAACAGGCACAUGAUCUUCGACAAACGGAUGAUUUCUUGAAGGCAGCGUCGAAACCAGGCGGCGUUGAGAAAGAGAGGUCCAAGCACUCACCAUUGGAUGGUAACAGCCUUCAUCGCCAGCUAAACGGAAGACAGAAGUUACCACGUGUAGAUUCCUUGUCAAGAUUCUCCGAUCCUCCCGCGCCACCUCCCCAACAGCCCUUACCGGAAAAGCCUGAUGCACCACCGCGAAAUGGAGGAGACGCAUUUUCGGCUCUAAAGCGCUCCGAUACUGAGAAACCUAAGUCACCAGGCUCCAACUCACCGGCUUCACGCGAGUCUAGCCAGAUAUUAUCACUCAUUGAGGCAUUGUCAUCUGCCAAGAGGGAAAUCGAUAGUCAAGGUGCCCGUGUGAAGGAGUUGGAGGGAUUAUUACGCCAAGAGCGGACCGCUCGCGAAUGGGCAGAAGAGAGAGCUAGAAAGCUUGAAAGGCUGUCCGGCGAUGGCAAGAAAGAAAUUGAAGCCGGGUCUCGCCUUGAGCCGUUUAUAGAGAAAGAACAGGGAAGUGCAUUUGAGAUACCAACGCAAGAGAGUACUCUUCAAUCAAAUGGUGAUAUCACGGAUGCUGCUCCCGCUGUGGACAAAAGUGCGGGUGAUGCGGCGGCGGAUCUCAAAACCAAACAGCUGGAGCAACGUCUUCAGGGACUGAUGCAGGAGAUGGAGGAGAUGAAGCAGCAGGUCGCCGCAUUCAAACAACAGGCGCAAAAAGAAGAGGCCGAGAAACUCGAAGCCCGUAAAUCCUUGGCGGAAAUGAUUGACAUGCUGCGGCGAGAACGCAGCCAGGAUAGCCAGGUGCCGCAGGCAGGGACAGCUACUGAUGCCCAGAGCUUGGUGACAAUGAGUGAUGCCUCAUCUGCGGGCGAGGAGGUUGAAUUUCCGAGAUCCGGCGCCCAAGACCUCACGGGAGAAAGCCUCGAGUCCGACAUGUUACCCCAUACCAAGGAGAUUGAGCAUGAUGCCACGGCAUUAAGCCCGUGCCAAGGACGAUACAAUCUCCUGGAACAGUCUAGUCCGUACGCGUCGAUGCUCGGUGUUGUUCUAUUGGGGGUAGGCUUGAUGGCCUAUCUUAAUGGGUGGCAAAAGCUGGACAAGUGAUUGUUCUCAUUCUACACUGUCAACAGUUUUUGCAGCUGUAAUCGGAGUUUUGGAUGACCUAAACAUGAGUUUUCUUUUAUAGCGUUGGGUCGUUUUACUUUCUUUUCUUUCUUUCGUCCCUUUGGUUGAUGGGUCUUUUUUUCCAAGGCGAUUUACUUCGGUUAUUGGCCCUACUGUUAUGUCUAGGCUAGGAAUGGGUCUCUGGGAUUGUCAGUAUCUUUCUUUUUUUUUUUUUUGCCUUUCUCCUUGUAUUUCAACUUCGGCCAAUUAGUUUUUGAUUGCAUACUUGACCUUCUCUUUAUCUGUUACUGCACUUUUCUUUUUCUGUUUCAUGUUGAUCAUUACACUGUCGCUUUACUCCCAGUUACGAUCUCCUGGGGGCUACAAUCCUUUUCAUAUUAUAUGCUGGCCUUCGGCACAUUUUUCUAGACGGCAACUCGUCCAACGGAUUCUACGCGCGAAGCACCGUCUACUAGCUUCUUUUUUUUUUUUUUUUUUUUUU